AUGGGGCCCAAGGCUGAUAGUGGGGCGCCGAACACCACUGUUGACGUCCCUGUGCAACCUAUUGCUGGAAGUCAGCAGCCGGCCGAUGAGGAUGUAAUCACCCCGGCAAAGAAGGACUCAUCUCCACAGAAGGAAGCCGACGGUGGCCCCCCUGAAGUUGCUGCUGCCGACAAGGCUGCCGGUCCUGAAGAGAACAUUGUCAAUGAGCAAGGGAACGGGAUGAAGAAGAAAGAAGAUCACCUGACUGAAACACCAGGCAAGGAUGAAAUAGAUCUUAAGCAAGGAAAAGUUUCGGAUGAAGCAACACAAAAGGAACCUGAGAAGGCCCCCAUCGCAAAGACAAGCGGCUCUAGUUCGGCGGUUGAAGAGGUGGGUGCGACGGCUGUUAAGAUGGGGAAUGGAGGAAGUGCGAGCUUUGGGAAUGCUAAAGAGCUGGAAGCGAUGGAGACUGUUGGUAAUACACGAGAGAAAGAGGGAGUGCCACCAGAAGAUACGAGCAACAGCAAGACAUUGAAGUCAGACGAGGAACAGAAUACUGAGAUGAAUGGGCCGGCAUUCUAGGUUGCACAGAAAAGCGCCCAAAAGGUUUGAGAGGAGUAAUGUGUCCGAUUGUCUAGAGAUUACCAUAGGGAAGCAACCGUAAUCAGACAGAAUUUAUGACCGGCCUCGUCGAAGGCCGAGCAUCGUCGGCAGCCGACCAGAGUCGACUCGCUGGGAACGAUUUUAUUUCGAUAUGGCGUUUUGUGGUAGCGCGGUUGAUGCGCUUUGCCCAACCGCUACGAUCACAAGCCGAUUUGAGUAUUAUUGAAGUCUUGACGGUGACGCUUGCUUUCUGUUUUCCA